AUGGAGCUCAAAUCUAUAUGUCUGUUUGGAGGCACCACAUUAAAAGGUCGGUGGCUCUUUUUGCUCAGUUAACAGGUUAACAGUCCUAUCUGGGCUGCCUGGCCCUGAAAGCUUUCAUCCUGGAAGAGGGUGCUAGCUACGAAGGGCUCCAAGGGGUUAAACCAACAGAUCUCGGAUUCCUAGAGAGGCAAAGAAGAAAUUGGAGAACAGUACUUGCAAAGGCUGAAGUUCCUUUCCUGUCCCGCCCCCUCCUUUUGCUGGCAAAGUGUCUACUUGGGUUUCUCGGUCUUUGAGCCGCUUGCGGGGAUGGUGCAGAUAUGGCCAGGCACUGCCAGGCAUAAAAAUGGAAAAAGAAAACCCAGCACAAUGGGAACCAGGGGAGAGAUCUGAGGGUGAAGGAAGAAUUCCUCAUGUUGUCCAUUCUGGGACCAUGGGGGAGAUUUGCACAGGUGCAGCCCCACAACCGGUUAAGCAGGAGGCAGAGGAGGGCCUGCAGCAGGGCUGGGAGGCCCAAUGGCAGGAGUUUCUCAAGACAAUGGAGUCUCCACACUCAGAAUGGAGGCACACACCACGAACCAUGCCUGGACCUCAAGAGGACACAAAAGUUUUUCAACCCACCUUCCAUGGUACAGCUGAUGCUAGCCAAUGGCCUCGAGGAGAGCAAGUAACUCAGAUUGUGCCCGGCCACAAUGGGGAAGUGCCUGAGGCCUACAAAAGCCUGGACUAUUCUGGGAAAAUUAAGGAGGAGAUCUUGGAGGAGGAGGACUCAAUCAGCUUGGAGACCCGGCGCCAGCACUUCAGAAGGUUCUGCUACCAAGAAGCCAAGGGCCCUCGAGAAGUAUUCAGGCAGCUCCAGGAACUGUGCCAUCGGUGGCUGAAGCCAGAGAAACACACCAAAGAGCGGAUUCUGGAGUUGCUGAUCCUGGAGCAGUUCCUGACCAUCCUGCCCCAGGAGAUGCAGAGCUGGGUCAGGGAACAUGGCCCAGAGACAAGCAACCAGGCAGUGACUCUGGCAGGGGAUUUUCUGCUGAGGAUGCAGGAAUCUGAGGCACAGGAAGAAAAGAUGCUAAGGCCUUUGGAGAAGGUAUUUGUGAAUUCCUCUGGGGCUCAGCAGGAACCACCAAGCACUACGAAUGUAUCCCACUUUGUGCAGGCUGUACGGAAUGGCGACAGAAAAGAGAAUAGUCAUCUUCAGCCAGAAAUGCCUGAGCAAGUAGAGCUCAAUGAGACAGCACUGGAAAACUCCAGUAGGAAUGUUCUUCAGAUUCCUGACAUGGAAGAAACACCUGGAAGUGAAUGCUAUGGAAGCCAUCCAGAAAGGACAGAGGAGAAAGCCUUUAUUAGCAGAGAAGGAGAAAAGCCAUAUAAAUGCUUGGACUGUGGGAAGACCUUUCAUUGGAAAGCAAAUCUUACGACACACGAGAAAACCCAUACUGGACAGAAACCCUAUUCCUGCUCUGUUUGUGGGAAAAGCUUCUACGAGAGGUCGUAUCUGAAUAAACACGAGAGAAUCCACACAGGAGAGAGACCAUAUGCAUGCUCAGCCUGUGGGAAAAGCUUCAAUCGGAGGGGCAACCUUAUGAGGCAUGAGCGAACACACACAGGGGAGAAACUGUCCGAAUGCUUAGAGUGUGGGAAGAGACUUAGUCAGAAGUCAUGCCUUCGGGCGCAUCAGAGAAUCCACACAGGAGAAAAACCAUAUGAGUGCUCCAGGUGUGGGAAAAGCUUUCGAUACCGCACUGCCCUCUGUAGACACCAGAAAAUCCAUGAGAAAGAGACCAUAAGGAAUUUUAAGAGUAAGAGAAAACUCUAGGGCAGUGUCCUUCUUUGCAAGGGUCAGGAGCCAGUGGUAGCUCCCAUCAGUCCUAAAUGCGGCUCUCUGACGAAUUGUUUAUUAGACAAUUAUGUGCACAGCUUCAUCCAAGCCAAAUACUCUAAGCAGCUCUCCUGAUGCUGUACAGAGGCAACCAGACCCACCGCACAGUGCUGCACUUUCCCCAAAGCUAAUGAGGUUCCCUUAAGGUAGAAAGAGCCCUCUUGAGUCCCCAGUGCCAUCUUGGAAGGUGCACAUGGAGCGCUGGGUAGUGUAGUCCUUCCCAACGCUCUCCUCAUACAGCUCUAUGGAGGAAAUGCUGGGGAAGACUACAUUUCCCACCAGGAUGUGCACACCUCCUCUGAGGUGGCUUGGCAGGGCUCCGUUUCUCUUGAAGGUGCUGGAAAAAGCAGAGCACUCGCAGAGAUCAGCACAGUGGAAAACGGCUCUCCCACUGAAUAUUUUUUGGCUCCUGCUUGAAAAGUAGUGAAGAUCACUGCUCUAGAGGGCCGUUUGGUAUUCGUAAGAAUAAGAAAGCUUUCCAAAACCCAAAGCACUUUGAAAAGCAAUCGAUUUUGCCUCUUUGAAAUGUAUUAUUGCAUUCAUUCCUCUGUUCUUCUGGUUUCAGGCAUCAGGACUCUGUCAGUUUAGCCCUGAGAGUAUCUUGCAUAAAGAAAUCAGGAAGCUGAACCACUAAAAAUGUGGCUUCAGUUCUGGUUCAUCACUAUGUCUGACUGUCCCACUUAUCAAAGGAAAGAAGGCUUAUAAGACUACCAUAUCUGUGUCGGUGUCUCCUCUGAAACCUUUUGUGUUUACAGUUUGAUAUAAACCAAAUUUACAGCAUUAUGUGAUAACUAUUUCGCUUGAGAAUAAGUGUUUGUUCUUUUUUAAAUGGUUUGUUUUUGAAUUUAUAAAAGUUUUUACAAACAAAAGA